AUCUCUACCUCGAACCAUCUCUCACCGUUGGAUCAUCAGUAAACCACGGUUUUGUUUCGGACAGCCAGGUGGGGACCCCUAAUGACUGUGAGAUGUGCUUCUUCGUUGGUUAAAGACUUCUUUUCCAUUACCAAGUCACCGAGAGACACAGAAGACAGAGAGAAGAGAAGAGAGAGAGAGUUAGUUUCUGGGCUUUUGCUUUGAUUUGCUUGCGUCUUGAUCUCUCUCUCUUUCUCUCUCAUCAAUCUUCUGAUCAUCCCUUCAUCAUUGUUUUUUUUUUUCUUUCUUUCUUUGUUUCAGAGGGAAGUUUCUAUUUAUAGUUUUGUGCUGAGAGAGAUUCUUCUAUAGAUGUAUUAAUGAUUCUCGUUCAUUGUCAACGUCUUCUUCCUCUUUGUAAUCAUCAUGUUUUUCUUUUUUGAUAUCGACACGUGAAGUUGUGUAGAUUUAUAUUAUCUCCAUCCUUCAAGCUCAGAUCUGAUUUGAUCUCGCUCUAAGUCAAAUCUUGAAUUAGGGUUCUCGCUGCUAUAAAUAAGAUAUGAACUACUUCCCCGAUGAAGUGGUAGAGCACGUCUUCGACUUCGUCACAUCUCAUAAAGACAGGAACUCAAUAUCUCUGGUUUGCAAAUCUUGGUUCAAGAUCGAGAGAUACAGCAGACAGAACGUGUUCAUCGGCAACUGUUACUCGAUAAACCCGGAGAGGUUACUAAGGAGGUUUCCUUGUUUCAAGUCCUUAACCUUGAAAGGCAAGCCUCACUUCGCUGACUUCAACUUGGUUCCUCACGGAUGGGGAGGCUUCGUGCAGCCUUGGAUCGAGGCUUUGGCGAGAAGCCGCGUGGGGCUAGAGGAGCUGAGGUUGAAGCGGAUGGUUGUGACUGAUGAGAGCUUGGAGCUGCUUUCGCGUUCCUUUGUGAAUUUUAAGUCUUUGGUGCUUGUUAGCUGUGAAGGGUUUAGCACUGAUGGUUUAGCCUCCAUUGCAUCUAACUGCAGGCAUCUACGAGAUCUUGACUUGCAAGAGAAUGAAAUUGAUGAUCACAGAGGUCAGUGGCUAAGCUGUUUCCCAGAGGCUUACACAUCUCUUGUCACGUUGAACUUUGCGUGUUUAGAAGGUGAAACCAAUCUUGUGGCUUUGGAGAGGUUAGUUGCAAGGUCUCCAAAUCUAAGGAGUCUGAAGCUAAACCGUGCAGUGCCGCUCGAUGCACUGGCGAGGUUAAUGGCUUGUGCGCCGCAGAUAGUUGACUUGGGAGUAGGGUCUUAUGAGGAUGAGCAAGAUUCAGAGUCUUGUCUGAAACUCCAGGCUGCUAUAAGGAAAUGCACAUCGUUAAGAAGUUUGUCUGGCUUUCUUGAGGCUGCUCCUCAUUGCCUCUCAGCGUUCCACCCAGUAUGUCAUAAUCUCACCUAUUUGAAUCUUAGUUAUGCAGCUGAGAUCAAUGGCAGCCACUUGAUUAGGCUUAUUGAGCAUUGCAAGAAGCUCCAACGUUUAUGGAUAUUGGAUAGUAUAGGUGACAAAGGUCUUGAAGUGGUAGCUUCUACAUGUAAAGAGUUACAAGAGCUCAGGGUUUUUCCAACUGAUUUACAGGGUGGAGGCAACACAGCUGUGACAGAAGAUGGUCUAGUUGCCAUCUCCGCAGGUUGCCCUAAGCUUCACUCUAUUCUCUACUUCUGCCAGCAGAUGACAAACGCAGCGCUCAUAACCGUUGCCAAGAACUGUCCAAAUUUCAUCCGGUUCAGACUCUGCAUCCUCGAGCCACACAAACCCGACCACGUCACAUCUCAGCCUCUAGACGAAGGCUUUGGAGCAAUCGUGCAAGCAUGCAAGAACUUGAAACGGCUUUCAGUCUCUGGUCUCCUUACAGACCAAGUCUUUCUCUACAUCGGCAUGUUUGCAACUCAGCUUGAGAUGCUCUCCAUAGCUUUUGCUGGCGAUACGGAUAAAGGCAUGUUGUAUGUGUUGAACGGUUGCAAAAAGAUGAGGAAGCUAGAGAUUAGGGAUAGUCCGUUUGGGGACACGGCGCUUCUCGCUGAUGUGAACAAGUAUGUAACAAUGCGAUCCCUUUGGAUGUCUUCAUGUGAAGUCACUCUUGGGGGAUGCAAAAGGCUUGCACAGAAAGCGCCAUGGCUCAAUGUAGAGAUCAUAAACGAGAACGAUAAUAACCGGAUGGAGGAAAAUGGAUACGAGGGAAGACAGAAGGUGGAUAAAAUGUAUCUGUACCGGACCGUGGUUGGGACAAGGGUUGAUGCGCCGCCAUUUGUGUGGAUUCUCUAGUUUUUUUUUCUUGGUUCCGACCAAACAUGGAACUAGUUCGAUGCUUCUGAGAUUCUGAUUGGUCGGCUUGCGUUCGUGGUCCUUUCCGAAAUUAGGUGUACUUUUAAUGUUUUAUUUAAGACAGAAAACUGAUUCUUUUGUGAAAGCCUUUCUGGUUUUUCUUUCCUCUUUUGACUUUCCCCUGGUGGUUUAUUGUUUUUUACGAAUGCUACUGCUUGAUUUUUGAUUAGUUUGUUAAAUUUAGUAAUUACACUAGUUUUUACCU